CGAAGUGGAGCAAAAGUAAACAGGUCCACGCCUUUUCCCCCCACACACUGGUUGUGAGUGAAUAGGAUGGAUUGAUUGUGUAUUGAAUGCACUGGUGCCUGUUAACGUUAUGCUUUGACAUGAAUGCAGUGGACCGGUGUUGCUCUUGCAGGAACUAGAUAGUAUUACGCUAAUGGUCGGCUCUUUAGCAUUAAAAGUGCACUAAUGAUGCACUACUCAAACUGGCUUAUUGGCGUGAAAAACAGGGCAAGCCUUCGAAAUGCAUGCAAAACACCACCUAACAUCGACUGGGGAAAUGUUGUCGACAUGCAGAACAAUAAUCCGCGGCCUAAUGAAAAGAUAUCCGAGCUAGCAGUCACCACCCACCUCUGGAAAAAAGGCUACAAAACAAUCAAGAAAAUCGGGGAGGGCACAUUUUCAGAGGUGGUGAAAACUCAGAGCCUGAAAGAUGGAAAGUUCUACGCAUGUAAAACCAUGAAACAGACAAUUAACAGUCUGGAGCAGGCCAACAACCUGCGGGAAGUCCAGGCAAUGAAGAGACUGAGCCCACAUGCAAAUAUCAUCCAGUUACAUGAACUGAUAUUUGACAAAGAAACUGGAACUGUGUCUUUGAUUUGUGAGCUGAUGGAGAUGAACAUCUACGAGUUCAUACAAGGGAGAAAAACGCCACUGCCUGACAAUACAGUAAAGAACUACAUGUACCAGCUUUGCAAGUCACUUGAACAUAUACACAGCUGUGGGAUCUUCCACAGAGAUGUGAAGCCAGAAAACAUCCUCAUCAAACAAAAUGGUCUGAAGCUUGGCGACUUUGGCUCUUGUCGGAGCGUUUACUCCAAGCCCCCGCAUACAGAGUACAUCUCCACACGCUGGUACAGAGCCCCAGAGUGCCUCCUCACCGACGGCUACUACGGCUUAAAGAUGGACAUGUGGAGUGCUGGUUGUGUCUUCUUUGAGAUCAUGAGUUUGCACCCUCUCUUCCCUGGAACCAAUGAGUUGGACCAGAUUGCCAAGAUCCAUGACGUGUUGGGGACACCAGAUGAAAGUAUUCUCCAAAAGUUCAAGCAGUCUAGAACGAUGCAUUUCAACUUCCCCCCUAAAAAAGGCAGCGGUAUCUCUCGGUUAGUCCCUCACUGCCCGGCUCCAGCUCUCUCACUUCUCUAUCAGAUGCUCGCCUACGACUCUGAUGAACGCAUCAGUGCAGAAACAGCCCUGCGGCACACAUACUUUAGGGAAAUCAGGCUGGCAGAGAAGAAAGCCGAGACUCUUCACAGAGUUUCUGGGACUAUGGAUGGACUAGAGAGCAGUGAGACGCACAACUCCUUAGACCACAUCUGGCGCCCAACCAGACUCGGCAAACAGCUGAGGGGAAGACACACGAGGCAAACCCCUUUAAUAAGCCACAACAUGAAGCAUGUAGCAGAGCCUCUCAUCCGACGGAACGUCCCUCAUUAUCCUGCAGAGCUGCCCAAACUCAACAUGGUUGUACCAGGACCACAGAUCUCCUUCCCAGUCUCCACUAUGCCUGCAUUUACUGUCACCCACCGAGGCACACUGCCAACCAUUGCGUCGAAAAAGUGCCAGUCACGUUUGGCCAAGCCUCGGGAUGAGUCACACCGCGCAGCUUUCAAGAACUACUACAUUCCACCUCUGGAUAGGAAACAUGGAGGCUGCUGAGGGCCAAAAACACUUCAAUGUUUUAUUCAAAUUUGCCUUUUAAAACAGGAGAGACCUGUACUGUCGAGAGGACAAUGUUUGGACAGGCCUGAUGUUGAAAUCCGUAAAGCAAAACGCAAACAUGUUUGACAAAAAAUGCAACGAAGACCGCCAAGCCUGUCGUCUUAACGGUUAAGACUGCUACAUUAAACUGUUCAGCCCCCAUUUUAAUAAUGGAAUUCAAUGUGAUAUAUUCACGAACAAUAUUAGACUGUCAAAUGAUGUUGGAUUGAAAGUAUGUAGUUUAGUUAUGACCUCAGUUUUACUUGACCUAGUCAGGGUUUACAUGUUUACAAGUGUUUAGAAAUUUUACGAGCUAAGCAAUAAGAUAUGCGACAAGUGAACAGCCAUUCACCAUUUGGUAUAACAUCUUUAAGGAGGAACAGUCAGCUUCCUGGUUGUAUUAUUUUACAACUUUGAAUCAGCAACUAUUAAAUAAGGUGGGGGUUUUUUUUUACACUGAUCAACAGAAACACUUAAAUGUCAAAGUAAACACAGCUGUCUACGAACUUAUCUAAAUUAGGUGCAACUGUAAAACUGCUGGGACACACCUAAAAAUUCCCAAAAUUGAAAUAAUAGGUUGAGAUCACCUGUUGUGGUGUGUGACAAGUCAAGUAAGUAGAUCUAUAAAGAUCCAACAGCUGGUUAGUCAAUGUCCAGGUUAAAAAAUCAUAUACAUUAAAAAAUAAUAAUCUCCAAUAAAGAGAAUGAGAAGUAUAAAUCUGGGAUAGGGUAAAAGAACAUUUGAAACUACACUGGAGUACGUUAAUGUCCUGGAGCGGCCAAGUCAGAGUCCAGACGUAAAUCCAAUCUAGAAAUUGUGGCAGGACUUUGACCAAAUACUACACACAGUGACUAAUUAAUCAGCUGUGAUUUUAAGUUGUAGAGCAAUAAUCAUGAGGGGAUGAAAUGAUCUUUUUUUCCUUUAUAUAAUAUAGGCACUGUAUUCUUGAGUCUCUUUUCAUUAGCCGAAUGAAUAAACUCCUCCGGACAAACUGAUUUGUAGGGUAAUAGUCAGGUAAAAAGGUAAACAGCAAAAACAUUCACAUUAAGUGAAAAAUAUAUAGCCACCAAAACAGACAUGUUUUUAAUUCAAUUAUGUAUGUGAAAACAUCUGUAUUUUAUAUGGCCUUAAGAAAGUCCUGAUAAAAAUGUUUUGUUUAGAAUGUAGCUAAGCCGGUACCUUCAAUUGAAGCAUUGUGGCUUUAAGAAAAAUGUCAUUUAGAGCUGUGAGCUCAUAAAAAUGGACUGUGACUCAGUCUGCACUUUGUUGGUUAUUGUGAUGCAUAUUCGGAGUAAAAAAGUUAAAUGUCA